UCAGCUGAAGAAUAGACAGUAUACAUUAGACACUUGAUUGGUUAAUUUUUACGCAUAUGCAAAUAUGCAUUAUGCAUUAUCCUUUCUCUCCAUCGGCAGUCAAAUAUAAAUACAUCGAUUUAAAUACCGUAUAUUAUAUUACAUAUCGAUUGCAUAUUCACAUCGCAUAUUAUAUUACAGUAAAUUAGUUUGCAUACAGCAAAAUUUGCCGGUCAUUGUCAGUGCAAUUAAAAAGGAAAUAAUCCAAUUGCUCUUGUACGCUAGACAUGGCUGAACCAUUGGAUUAACUCAAGGGAAAAGCAGAGAAAGAGCUUUUCUAUAUGUUUCUAUUUAUGCAACUGCAAAUCUGCAAAUUUGCGACUUUUUAUAUAAACAUCAAUCCACUUCGUCGUUUAUAUUUAUGCAGCUAUUGUACGCAGCUAACGUUUGUAUUGAAUCUUUAAAAGAAAUCUUCAGAUCUUCAUCAAAUAGUUUUUAUAUCUGAGAUAUUUUUCAAAUUUAUAAGAUUAAAAAAAUGUGAAGAAAAUUAAAAAAAUGCGAAUGUCGUAGAGGUGACAAAAAUGUCAUGCUCUUAUUGACACUAAUUGACUUAUACUUCUUGAUCAAAUAUCACCUUUGAUCUCUCAUUUAUAAAUGAUUUUAUGAGAACAAAACAAACUUGGCAGAUUAUACACUUGUUUCCAACAAGAUGGAAAAGAUAGAACAGAAUCUUGGAUUUGUGGAUAUGCUGGAAGAAAGACGAAAGGAUUGUGACUUUUUUUGGGCUACACGUCCCAUGAAUCCAUUGCUACCGCAUAUGCUGCCAGCGGAAUCAGUUUACAAUAGAGACGAGAUAAUACGUUCUGUUUUGCUUGACACACAGGUCAAAGCUGCAAUUGAUACAAUAGCAAAGAAAACAGGAGUUGAAGUUAAAGAUAUCGAGAAUAAUGCUCGCGCUAUGAUAAAUGAAAUGGCUAGCAAAGCAGAUUUGGCAACAGUACGUUGGCUAGGUAUUUUUAUUACAAAAGCUAUAAAGAGAAUGUUUUCAAAGAUUUAUGUAAAUGAAACCAAUCUUUUCAACUUGAAGAAAGAAACACAGAUAUCUCAGAUACAGUAUGUUUAUGUACCAACUCAUAGAAGUUAUUUGGAUUUUAUUCUGCUAUCGUACAUUCUUUUUUCUUACGAUAUGGCAUUACCAAAUAUCGCGGCUGGAAUGGAUUUUUAUAAUAUGAAAAUAAUUGGAGAACUGUUGCGUAAAACUGGAGCAUUUUAUAUACGACGUAGUUUUUCUAAUGAUUUAUUGUACAAGCAAAUUUUUCGCUCAUAUAUCAACACUAUUGUUAGUCAUAGUGAUAGGGCGAUAGAAUUUUUUCUCGAGGGCACUCGAAGUCGUAGUCAGAAGAGCACAGUGCCGAAAUACGGUCUCCUAUCUAUUAUUUUAGAAAGUUUACUUCACGGUGAUGUACCCGACAUACAUUUUGUACCUAUGAGUAUUAGUUACGAACGGCCACCAGAAGAAUUAUUAUUUAUUUACGAAAUGUUAGGAGUUCCGAAGCCGAAAGAAAGUACGACCGCGCUUUUUCGGUCACUUUCCAUAUUACAAAAUCCUUUCUCUCAUGGUUGCAUUUACUUUAAUAUCGGGAAACCAAUCUCCGCUCGCCAAUUUGUAGAUACAACACAUCGCAAAAGAAAAAUCAUACAUCCUUCCUUCAAAAUUCCAUCAUCAGUUAUAAAAGAUGUAGCUUAUUUUAUAAUAGAAUCACAUAAAAAAAAUACUGUACUUAUGCCGAUCAAUAUUAUUGCUUUGCUUCUCAAUGAAAGAAUUCAGAUAAAACCAAAGGAGCCAUAUACAUUCGAUUCAUUGAUUAAAGAUUAUCAAUGGUUCAAAAGCUUUAUCACCAAAUCGUUGGGAGUAAUAAUGUAUGAAACUAAAAAAAUUAAUGAUGACGAGAUCAAACAAGAAAUAUUAGAGUCUUUAAAACCACAUAAUGAACUAAUUGUUCUUGAUCCAUCAAAUACAUUAAAACUCAAACAACGACAUAAAGGAAUUAAAUUACAAGAUCAAUCAAACAUCAAGGGACAUUCCUUAUCUGAACGGACUAUGCAAAUAGCGGUACCUGCCAUUAAUAUUGCAAUCUAUAUCAAUCCAGCUUUGGCUUUUCUAGUGGAAGCAGCUUUCAUUACUGCAACAAUAGAAGAAAAUGGCACCCAAAGCGGAGUAGCUUUGGAACGAUAUCAAUUACUAAGAAAAUUGCUCAGCACAGAGUUUGUAUUGCGCCCGAUUGAUAAAGAUUUAAUUAAAACAGAAUGGGAAAAAUCAUUGAAUAUAUUGUUGUCAGAGAAUUGCUUAUAUAUGGUGCAAGAUUUGAUUCGUCCAGGAACUAAUACACAACUGUUUUCUAUUUUGCAUAAUGUUAUAUUACCUUUCAUAGACGUUAUAUAUGUGAUAUGUAAUUUAUUAUUUGAGUGGAAUGAAAGAACAUCGGGCAAACUUGCGGAUCGGACGAUUCUUGUUGAAGCACAGAAAGAAGUUGAAAGAUUAAUGUUCGAAACUAGAGGCUGGUGUCAACACCCCUAUUGUUUAUCUCUUGAUCUUUACAAUACAACAUGGUCCAAUUUAUUAUCGCAAGGUAUCGUGAUUGCACAUCCCGAACAUACCAAUAUAUAUCGAACGGAUAAAGCAAAAUUAGCAUACCUUAUCAGCAUAUUGCGUGAGUUACCAUUGCAACGUCCCAUAGGGACUUACAUCGAUGCGUUUCCUUUAAUUAUGUUAAUGCCAUCAGUGAAUACACAAGCUAAAUUAUAAUAUCAUUUCAUC